GAUCCGGAAGUAAAAACUGAAAGGGCGUUUCAGUUGUAUGGUAUAAUUAAUGAUUUAAAAAAUGGUUAUGGUUACCAAACAAUAUAUCCGGGUACUUUAUGGUGCGGUGAUGGAAAUAUUGCAAAAAGUAUGAGCCAUUUGGGCACUUUUUGGAAGACAGAUAAUUGUUGUCGUCAACAUGAUUCAUGUCCAUUUUACAUUGAGCCUGGAGAAUAUUUGGGUUUGUUGAAGAAUAAUGGAAUUUUUACCAGGUCUGCUUGUUUAUGUGAUUUCCAAUUUUACAAAUGUUUAAAAAAUGUAAACACAGUCAUUUCAAGAAAUGUUGGCAUCACAUACUUUAAUAUAUUACGACCUCAAUGUUUUAGCUAUGAUUAUCCAAUAAAAUCUUGCGCAAAAUACGAUAGCUCAAGAAGCAGUCAUAAAAAGUGUAUCCGAUACAAGUUAGAUAAGACUAAAAAUAAAACAUUGGAGUGGUUUGAUCUUCCAGAUUUUUAAAUAAAUGGAAUCACAUUUCCAAAUUGGAACCACAGAAAUUGUUCUACGAGAAAUAGUUCAAUUUGAAAGGCAAUUAAUUUAAGUUUAAAAUAAGUAAAUAUACAAUCACAAUUUUCCAAGUAACAUCGAGAUACAUCGAAAGUGUUAUUUAGGAUUACAUCAAACUAAAGUUUAUGAAGUAAGAGAAACGAUCAUCUAACCAUCAUACCCUACCAUCACUUUCAAAUUAUACGCUAAAAUGAUUAUAAGCUAUUUUCUAUUGUUAUUUGUCUAUACAAUUUAUUACUAAUCAUUCCUG